AUUCCUCUCUCUUUGUUUAUCACUCAGGCUCUACUGUUCUCUACUUGUUGCUAUAUGUUGAUGACAUUAUCAUCACUGGUAAUGCAUCUACACAGAUUGCCUCUCUCAUCUCAGCUCUCAGUACUACUUUUGAUCUCAAGGAUCUUGGCCCCCUCAAUUACUUUCUGGGUAUUCAAAUUACACCCACAAAGUAUGGCCUUACCUUAUCACAGACUAAGUAUGCCUCUGAGAUUCUUCACCGUUUCAAUAUGCAUAAUUCUAAGCCAACAAAGACACCAUGUUGUUCUGCCACUAGACUUACUCCUGACUCUGGUCUACGCCUAUCUGAUCCCUCUACUUAUAGGAGCAUGGUUGGGGCUCUUCAGUAUCUCACAUUUACUAGACCAGACUUGGCCUUUAGUGUUCAUCAAUUGUGCCAAUUUAUGCAAUCCCCUACAACAACUCAUCUAGAAGCUGCUAAGAGAGUUCUCAGAUAUGUACGGGGUACUCUCUCUCAUGGAAUUUAUUUUUCUCGAGGUCCCCUUACCUUAGCUGCCUUCACAGAUGCUGAUUGGGCAGGGGAUCCCUUUGAUAGGAAGUCCACCACUGGUUUUAUGGUGUUUUUGGGAUCCAAUCCUAUUUCUUGGUCAUCCAAGAAACAGACCACUGUUUCCAGAUCUUCCACAGAAGCAGAGUAUCGUGCACUUGCCACUACUGCUGCUGAGCUCUCCUGGCUUAGACAAUUGUUUCGUGACCUUCUUCUUUUCCUUCAUCAUAUCCCAGUUUUAUGGUGUGACAAUGUGUCUGCCAUUGCUCUUGCUUCGAAUCCCGUUUUUCAUGCUCGUACAAAGCAUGUUGAAGUAGAUUAUCAUUUUGUCAGAGAACGUGUUCUUCGCAAAGAUUUGGCUAUUUCCUUUGUUUCUGGAAAGGAUAAUCUUGCUGACAUCUUUACUAAACCUUUGCCUGGACCCUCGUUUCUUCUCUUUCGUGCCAAACUCAUGUCUUGUUCCUCCCCCAUUCGUUUGAGGGGGGAUGAUAAAGAUAGUAAAACAGAGCAUCACUUACAGUUCAAGAAGGAAGAUGAUCAGCACGUGUUGGACUCACACACGUGCAGAUUACUUAAUUAA